AUGUACUUGGACAACAAAGAUGACAGUGCAAUAUCUAGAAAAGUAGAUAUGGAGUUGACGCAGGCCUCAGUCCCUCACCAUGUGGAUUUGCUUGGAGACAUGGCAGCGGAACCAAUUUCCAACAACUUCCGUGAGCUGAAGCUGUUGAAGGAAAUGAUGGCUGUUCAGGGAGAGCCACAAAAGCCCUAUCCAAACAGUGUCUGUGAACCAGAAUGUUGCAUUACGCUGGGGAAAGAUUUUAGUCCUCUGACUUUUCAAGGGAGGUAUCAUUUUAAUUUGCCUAAAUUCUUCAGCACAAGAUCUAAAGACAGCUGUUUUACAGAGAGAACACCUCUACUGAAAGUUUCCUCUGAAGAAAAUGGGUUAAGAUACAUGGCUGUUCAUAACCCAGAUUUUACCACAGAUGAAGAUUCUUGGGAAAACAGUUCUGCUGAGUUUGAGCAAAGGUUUCAACUGGGAAGCGAAAUGACCAGCUUGUCCAGAUCUGCUUCCUCCUCAGAGAAAUGCGAAAUCUUGGACAACUUUCAUGUCAAAUUCAAUUUAUCUAAAAUGAGAUGCUGGUUAAGAUUCCUAAAAGUUUCUGGCCUUUUUAUCUUUGUAGUUAUAUGCUCUAUUUUAUUUGGCAUUCAUCCUGAAAAUGGACUGCCUUGGCAGAUGCUGGCAGUGUCACCUAUGGACAGCUACACUAUAAACUUUACCAAUGCUCAAGAUUCUGCCCUCCUAAAGGUAGAACUAGGAGGGCCAUUUGUAGCAGAUGUGGUUGACCGGCGACCAGAUGAAUAUAUUUUAGUUCAAAUUGGAAAAGUAGAAGAUUCUGGGCCUAAAAGGAGGCAUCAGCAGCAGAUCUUAUACAACUGGACCCUACCUUUAAAUUCAAAAAAAGGUGAACAGAUUAUUGUGACUAGAACAUUUGAGAUGUUAAACAGUAAAGAAACCUCCAUAAGUGUUCAAGCUUUUCUUCAGGAAGCAGAAAUUGUCCCUCUUUCCAUGAUGUAUCGAUAUCUUCAUGCAAACAUGGAGACGCAAGUAACAAUUGCAUCGGUCAUUUUAGCAGGCGUUUAUGUGCUGAUCAUAUUUGAGAUUGUUCACAGAACUUUAGCUGCGAUGCUGGGCUCCUUGGCUGCCUUAGCUACACUAGCUGUAAUUGGAGAUAAGCCAAGCCUGGUUAAAGUAGUGGAGUGGAUUGAUUAUGAAACUCUGGCAUUACUGUUUGGAAUGAUGCUUUUAGUUGCUAUCUUCUCAGAAACCGGAUUUUUUGAUUAUUGUGCUGUCAAGGCUUACUGGCUGUCUCGAGGCAAAGUGUGGGCCAUGAUUAUCAUUCUUUGUCUUAUUGCUGCAAUUCUCUCAGCCUUUUUGGACAAUGUUACCACCAUGCUCCUCUUUACUCCAGUAACCAUAAGGUUAUGUGAGGUACUUAACCUUGACCCCAGGCAUGUCCUGAUCGCAGAAGUAAUCUUCACAAACAUUGGAGGGGCUUCUACAGCUAUUGGAGACCCACCAAAUGUGAUUAUUGUUUCUAAGCAGGAGUUGAGGAAGGCGGGACUGGAUUUUGCAGCAUUUACAGGACAUAUGUUUGUGGGAAUUUGUCUUGUGCUUCUGGUUUCCUUUCCUUUCCUGCGGCUUCUCUACUGGAACAAAAAGCUUUACAACAAAGAGCCAAGUGAAAUUGUUGAACUGAAGCAUGAAAUCCAUGUGUGGAGACUGACAGCACAGCGAAUUAACCCUGCCAGCAGAGAAGAAACUGCUGUUAAAUGCCUUUUAAUGCAAAAAGUUCUUGCUCUAGAGAUGUUGCUGAGGAAAAAAUUGACAACGUUCCAUAGACAAAUAUCACAAGAAGAUAAAAACUGGGAAACAAAUAUUCAGGAACUCCAAAAAAAGCAUAGAAUAACAGACAAGACUCUUCUCAUCAAAUGCCUGACUGUGUUGGGAUUUGUUAUUCUCAUGUUCUUCCUGAAUUCAUUUGUUCCAGGAAUUCACCUGGAUCUUGGGUGGAUUGCUAUGUUUGGAGCUGUAUGGCUUCUUGUUUUAGCCAACAUCCAUGAUUUUGAGAUGAUUCUGAGUAGAGUGGAAUGGGCAACACUCCUUUUCUUUGCAGCAUUGUUUGUUUUAAUGGAGGCUUUGGCUCACCUUCACUUAAUAGAAUAUAUAGGAGAACAGACUGCAUUGUUAAUAAAGGUGGUGCCUGAGGACCAACGCUUGACAGUUGCUAUCAUUUUAGUACUCUGGGUCUCUGCUCUAGCAUCAUCUCUAAUUGACAACAUUCCAUUCACUGCUACAAUGAUUCCUGUACUUCUCAGCCUGAGUCAAGACCCUGAUGUUAACUUACCUGUGAAGCCUCUUGUCUUUUCAUUGGCCAUGGGUGCUUGUCUUGGAGGUAAUGGGACAUUGAUUGGAGCCUCUGCAAAUGUGGUCUGUGCGGGAAUUGCUGAGCAACAUGGUUAUGGCUUCUCUUUCAUGGAGUUUUUCAGGCUGGGUUUCCCAAUGAUGAUCAUGUCCUGUACCAUUGGAAUGUGCUAUCUCCUCGUUUCCCAUGUUGUGUUGGGUUGGACUUAA